AGUGCAGCAGAGAGCUGACUUUUAGAAGCUUGUGAUUGGCUGAUCAGAGCUUUGGCUUCUGGAAGCGUGUGAUUGGCUGGUCAUAGCUAUGUCCUGCAGCAUUUAAUCUAUUAACUAUUAAGUGAAACAGAUUUAAAUAGAUUUAAGAGUGACGUUUCCUAGAAAAGCACCUAAACAUGAUCUUGUAAUGAGUGUGCGUAUAAGAGAGUAUUUAAAGAGGGGAGAAGAUUUAGCACUUGCAGUGAUUCUUCUUGCAGUUUGUGUUUUGUUUGACUUCGUCAUGCAGCAAAUCUACACACAGAGCCAUGAAGAGUUCGAGGUGUUCACCACUGUUCUGUCGCCUCAAGUUUGUCAGAAGAGAGUGAUAUUCAAGCACCAAGGAGAAAUGAUGGUUGUGGCAGCAGACUACAGCGCAGACUGUGAUGAAGAGCUGAGUGUCCGUGCCGGUGAGGUUGUGUUGCUGCUGUAUCAGGAGAAUGCUGACUGGUGUUAUGUCCGACUUCAGAACGGAAAGGAAGGAUACCUGCCCACAGCCUGCUUCACUACGAAGCAGGAGUCAUUGAGGCCCUAUGUAACUCAGCCAUCGCAGAGCUUUACACAAACGUCAUCUAAAGAUCGGAUUGGCUGCUCUGGAGGGCGUUCUCUGAAUCUGCUGCGGCGAGCGUCUCUGUCAGGAGUGCCAGGUUCACCUCGGUUGCUUCAGCGGCUGCUCUCUCGUCGACGUAGUGAGGGACAUGCUGUACGUUCGAUCGGCUCCAUCAAUCAUGCAUUUCAUCCUGACUGAUCCAUCUAACCCUAGAGCUCCAGUUUUCUCUUCUAAAUGGGUCACAGAACAUCAGAAACUAGGACAAGUCUGACACCAAAGUUCAGUCUGCAUGCAACUCCUUCAGAUUUGGAGAUAAAACUGACUUUGGUGUCCUGAUUAGGGUUUGGGGCCUCGGUAACUUCGUUGCCAGUUCCUAGCACUGAAACUGUUAACUGGUGUUAAGAAUCUUUACCAUUACUGCCCCGUGUAAAUAUGUGAAUACUGGUAAAAAAAAAAAAAAAAAUGUAAAGCCCUGCAAGUUGCUUUGGAUAAAAGCGUCUGCUAAAUGCAUAAAUGUAAAUAUUGUGAUUUUUUUUUUAUCCGAAAUUUCACACUCUUCUUCACCUAUGAAUGUAUUUAAUAUGUACAUGUUUUGACUAAUAAUACAGAAAGACUACAAUGAGAAAUUGUGAUUAUGUGUAAGUUUGUGUAAUAUAUAUAUAUAUAUAUAUAUAUAUAUAUAUGUAAUUUUAUAUUAUAAUGAUAGUGUUGCCAAAGUUAAUACCAACCCAAAAAAGUAUAAAAAUAAAAUUAUUUUUAAUCUAUAACAAAACACAGAGAAAACGCACUUGCAGAAAACCAUUUACAAUGGAAGUAUUAAAGUAUUAUGUAGUGUAUGUAAGUUUUUGUGUAUAUAUUUUCCAUUUUUCCUUUUUUUUUCAUUCGACCCUGAAAGUAUAAAAAUGAAUAAAAAAAUAGAAUAAAAAUAGAAUAAAAAUGAUACAAUGUAAUUUCAACCACACCUCAGAUCAUAACUUACCACACCACAAAGUAUCUAAACUAAACUAAAUUAUUAUUAUUUAUUAUUUGCCAUUUUCGAUGGUAUGAAUACUGUUAAAUGAUGGUUUACCCUUGAUGCUCUUUCAUUUUUAUGGACUUUUUAGCUUGUAUUUUGAGGACGUUGGCACAUAGCUCUGACUGCUGCAAAAUGUAAUGAAAUUAAAAGUCAUUUUGUAAUUCACAGGCUUUAAUGAUCAUCCCUUCAUCAGGCUUAACUAGGAGAAAAUAUCAACUCUAAUUUGGUAAUACGUUACAAUUAGGUUUAAUUUGUGAAUGCAUUAUGUAUUAUGAACUAACAAUGAACAAUUUCAUUUAACU